UUCACAUAUACUGGGAUACCAUUGGCUGUUCACUCCGUUCCUCAGAAGAUCGGCUAGGUGUUCCACCUGUGCAUAGGGGGAAGUGGACUCUGCUACCACCUAUCUCACCGCCAUCUUAAAAUCUUCCAGGCUCUCAAUUCUAUUCCAUUGGCACUCCAGGAAUAGGAACUACAAGGCAGAAUCUGCAACAUACCACCUGGAGGCUGUGCCACUGGAGUUUGGGGACUAUCACCCAUUAAAACCCAUAACCGUCACAGAGUCAAAGAUGAAGAAAGUGAGCCGGAAAGGAAGCACUUCAUCCACAUCCUCGUCAUCCUCCAGCUCAGUGGUGGACCCACUGAGCAGUGUACUGGAUGGGACUGAUCCCCUUUCUAUGUUCGCAGCUACUGCUGACCCCACGGCCAUAGCAGCUGUCAUGGACAGUUCCAGAAAGAAACGUGACGGAGAUGAUAACUCCAUUGUACAAUCAGAUUUUGAGUCUUGGGCCAGCAAACGAGGAGAAAUCCUUGCCCGGUAUACUACCACAGAAAAGCUCUCCAUCAAUCUGUUUAUGGGAUCUGAAAAAGGUAAAACUGUACCUGCCAUAUCCACAAUGUCAGAGAAAGUUCGGACCAGGCUGGAGGAGCUGGAUGACUUUGAGGAGGGAUCCCAAAAGGAACUGUUGAAUUUGACUCAACAGGAUUAUGUGAACCGCAUAGAGGAGCUUAACCAGUCACUGAAGGAUGCCUGGGCCUCGGACCAGAAAGUAAAGGCUCUAAAAAUAGUCAUUCAGUGUUCAAAGCUUCUUUCAGACACAAGUGUUAUUCAGUUCUACCCAAGCAAAUUUGUCCUCAUCACUGACAUACUUGAUACAUUUGGAAAUCUCGUGUUUGACCGCAUCUUUUCCAUGUGUGUGGGUGACCGCGUCUUACCAGAUGACUUCUCUCCAGAGAAUGUAAAUGACACCGCCAAAGAAACAUGCUUAAAUUGGUUUUUCAAGAUUGCUUCCAUCAGGGAACUCAUUCCAAGAUUUUAUGUGGAAGCAUCCAUUCUGAAGUGUAACAAGUUCCUGUCCAAAACGGGGAUCUCAGAAUGUUUGCCCCGCCUAACUUGCAUGAUUCGAGGGAUUGGAGACCCACUGGUGUCAGUGUUUGCCAGGGCCUAUCUAUGCCGGGUGGGAAUGGAAGUGGCUCCACAUCUUAAAGAAAGUCUAAAUAAGAACUUUUUUGACUUCCUUCUUAUAUUCAAACAGAUUCAUGGGGAUACAGUCCAGAACCAUCUGGUGAUCCAAGGAGUAGAGCUCUCAUCCUACCUGCCCUUGUACUCACCUGCCAUGGACUGGAUCUUUCAGUGCCUUUCCUACCAUGCCCCCGAGGCUCUGCUAACUGAGAUGAUGGAGCGAUGCAGAAAGCUAGGAAACAAUGCCUUGCUGUUAAAUUCUGUGAUGUCUGCUUUCCGGGCCGAGUUCAUCGCCACCAGGUCCAUAGAUUUCAUUGGCAUGAUUAAAGAGUGCAAUGAGGCUGGCUUCCCUAAGCAUCUUCUCUUUCGCUCACUGGGGUUAAACUUGGCCUUGGCUGAUCCUCCUGAGGGUGAUCGACUUCAGAUUCUCAAUGAAGCUUGGAAAGUUAUUACUAAAUUGAAGAAUCCACAGGACUACAUUAAUUGUGCCGAAGUGUGGAUAGAGUAUACCUGCAAGCAUUUCACGAAACGAGAGGUGAAUACUGUUUUGGCCGAUGUCAUCAAGCAUAUGACUCCAGAUCGUGCAUUUGAAGACUCCUACCCUCAGCUUCGGUCAAUAAUUAAGAAAGUGAUUACCCACUUCCAUGAUUUCUCAGUUCUUUUCACAGUGGAAAAAUUUCUGCCAUUUCUGGACAUGUUCCAAAAAGAGAGUGUGCGGGUUGAGGUUUGCAAAUGCAUCAUGGAAGUUUUUAUCAAGCAUCAGAAAGAGCCCACCAAAGAUCCCGUCAUUCUGAAUGCCCUUUUGCAUGUUUGCAAGACCAUGCAUGACUCUGUGAAUGCACUCACUCUUGAGGAUGAGAAAAGAAUGCUGGCAUAUUUGAUUAAUGGAUUUAUAAAAAUGGUUUCCUUUGGUCGUGAUUUUGAACAACAGCUUAGUUUUUAUGUGGAGGCCAGGUCGAUGUUUUGCAAUCUGGAACCUGUUCUUGUACAAUUGAUUCACAGUGUGAACCGGUUAGCAAUGGAAACAAGAAAAGUAAUGAAGGGGAAUCACUCCAGAAAAACGGCUGCCUUUGUCCGGGCCUGUGUUGCCUAUUGCUUCAUCACCAUCCCAUCCCUGGUGGGCAUCUUCACACGCCUCAAUCUCUACCUGCAUUCGGGUCAGGUGGCCUUGGCCAAUCAGUGCCUCUCCCAAGCUGAUGCCUUUUUCAAAACCGCUAUAAGCCUCAUUCCAGAAGUCCCAAAGAUGAUUAGUAUCGAUGGAAAGAUGCGACUCUCAGAAUCAUUCCUUCUGGAGUUCCUCUGCAAUUUCUUUUCUACUUUAUUAAUAGUUCCGGAUCAUCCUGAACAUGGUGUCCUGUUUCUUGUUCGAGAGCUUCUUAACGUGAUCCAGGAGUAUACCUGGGAGGACAGCAGUGAUGAUAAAAUCCGCAUCUACACCUAUGUUCUGCACCUUCUAUCUGCCAUGAGUCAGGAGACCUACCUCUACCAUGUAGACAAAGUUGACUCCAAUGACAGCCUUUAUGGGGGAGAUUCCAAGUUUCUGGCUGAAAACAACAAGCUCUGUGAGACAGCGAUGGCACAGGUCCUGCAGCAUCUGAAGACCCUGGCCAAGGAUGAGGCCCUGAAGCGCCAGAGCUUGUUGGGUCUUUCCUUCUUUAAUAGCAUCUUGGCCCAUGGGGACCUGCGCAAUAACAGGCUCAACCAGCUCUCUGUAAACCUGUGGCACCUGGCACAGAGGCAUGGCUAUGCAGACACCAGGACCAUGGUGAAAACUCUGGAAUACAUCAAGAAGCAGAGCAAACAACCAGAUAUGGGUCAUCUGACAGAGCUGGCACUCAGGCUUCCUUUGCAAACAAGAACCUGACCCUGGGGCCCGUCCCUAAGGCCUGCACCCGGAGCAGUGGGACCUAAUCCAGAAAGACCUGCUUUUUAUUUUAUUUUUACACAUAACAAUUGGUUUAAGCUUCUACCAAGCUUCUUGGCCUCUACCAAGAUUAUUCUGACAGUGAAGAAGUGGAAUUGUAAGAGUGUUAAAAUUCAAUCUUGUUCACUGAGCAACAGAAUACAGGUAACACCUUUCUUU